AUGGAGGAGAAAAAGUUUAUGGAGCAGCAGAGAAGAGGGCUGAAAGAUCCCAGUAUUUGUUAUGACUUCACAGUGGUGUCCCAGGAUGGAUCUGUGCAACCAAGAUUUUUUGCUGAGGGACACUUGGAUGGUCAGCCCUUCCUGCACUAUGAUAGUGAGAAAGGCAGAGCAGAGCCCUAGGGACUGUGGGCAGAAGCUGUCCUGGGAACUGACAUGUGGGACAUAGAAACCAAGGAUUUGGCAGAGAAGGGGAAGGACAACAGAAAGACCCUGGCAGAAACCAUGGUCCUGCAGGACCAGAAAGGAGACUUGCAUUCCCUCCAGGAGAUUUGGGGCUGCGAGAUUCAAGAAGACAACAGCGCCAGGGGCUUAAGACAUUUCUACUAUGAUGGGGAGCUCUUCCUCUCUUAUCACCCCAAGACCCAUGAUGAAUGGAACAUCUCACUGACCUGGCUUCAGGAUGAGGAACCCCUGAGCCAGGAAGCCCAGCAGUCUGGGGGGGUCCUGCCCUAUGGGAAUGACACCUACCACACCUGGGUGGCCAUAAGGAUUCCCCAAGGAGAAGAGCAGAGGUUCAUGUGUCACGUGGAACAUAGCGGGAACCACACUGCACACCCUGUGCCCUCUGGAGAGCCUGGGAUGCUCCUGGAGGGGGUUCUGCCCCUGGUUGCCUUUCCUGAGCUAAUGUCCAUUUCUUGGUGUGGUCAGCGCCAAGUGAAUGUGCAGUAA